AUGAAUGUCAACGGCUCUGCCCACACGGUCCCUGGCGGUGCAGUCAAGGAGAACAUCUUCCUGUUCUGGCCCAAUGUCAUUGGCUACGUCCGGAUCGUCUUGGCGCUUGCCUCCCUCUACUACAUGCCCCUCCACCCUCGAACCUGUUCUCUUCUUUACAGCGUGUCCUGCCUGCUAGACGCUCUUGACGGCUACGCAGCCCGUGCUUUCGAACAAUCCACCCGCUUCGGCGCCGUCCUUGACAUGGUGACGGACCGAUGCACGACCUCUUGCUUGCUAAUGUUCCUGGCUUGUGCCUUCCCGAGAUGGACCAUCGUCUUCCAGGGCCUCCUCGCCCUCGACUUCUCGAGCCACUAUAUGCACAUGUACGCUUCCCUGGUCAUGGGAGGCGCCGAGACGAGCCACAAGAACGUCGACAAGAGCCGGAGCUGGAUACUCAGUCUUUACUACACUAAUAAGACCGUCCUUUUCGUGUUCUGCGCCUUGAACGAGCUCUUCUUCAUCGCCCUCUACCUCCUCUCCUUUUCCUCGCCUCUCCUAUCGCCCUCGCUCCUCAGUAGCGUGGGCGAGGCCAGCGCCGCCCAGAUUCAAGCCGGUGGGCAAGUCAAUUCGUCUCUGCUGGGCCAGAUCUUCGUGAAUCCUUACAGUGCGGCGGCGCUGGAAUUCGCUCGCGCCAACAAGAUGGACUCGUUCUGGCCCUGGGUCCUAGCCGGCGUCAGCUUCCCCGUCAUGGCUGGCAAGCAGCUUAUCAAUGCUGUGCAGCUCGUCAAUGCCAGCAAGUGGCUUGCGGAGGGUGACCUGCAGUCAAGGAAGCAACAGGGCCUGCCGAGGAAGAAGAACGACUAA